AUGGCCGAAACCGUUAUGACACAAACCAGUGGGGUCAUAAUUUACCUACCUGACAUUGCUGGCGACAGUCUUCACAAGCCCAUCGUUCCGCUUGACUGUGAAAAUUUGUUUCUAUAUCUGGAGUUGGUCUACAGGGCACGAAGUACAAGGACCACUGUUUGGAAUACCUGGCUGUUGUAUGCGUGCGUUACUGUGGGCCUUUAUCUGGGCUCGUAUCCACGCACAAACGCCGACUUUGCGUCGUGGUCACGUCGGCUUCAAAUACUUGGAACGUGGAUUUUCUCUGGAAACGCAGUCCAGAACCGAUACUGGCAAGGAAUCGGCGCUCAGAUGAUAUGUAGUGCUGUUCUGUUUUCGCCGACUCUUCGCCUAGCAUUAUCGAAAGAAUAUCUCGUCUGGCUUGGGAAGGCGAGUUUUCCUCUAUACCUGCUUCAUGGCCCGCUUAUGCGCUCGAUUCUAGCAUGGAUGCUAUUUAUCUACCCUGGUACACCUCAGGGAUUCUCUGAAUCAUCAUCGAGAAAUGAACAGGACUCCGAAAAACAGCGGGACAUGCGCGGCUCUGAGCCUGGCCGCCCUAUUCCUGUCCUGAUGCUGGCGCCGUUCUUUUUGAUUCUCUUUAUUGUUGUAAGACUAUGGCAAAGCACAGUUGAUUUGUGGGUUGAGGGAGCGAUUCUUAGAUUGGAAGCCUUCGCUAUGUCAUCAGAGCUGACAAGUAAGAACAACAACAAGAAAGGGGAGUGCCAUACAUGCAUGCAUCGACUGAUUGGCUAG